AUGGUGUCCAACAGUCUCUUCCAGUUGGUUCUCUUCUUCAUUCUGGCUGGCUUGUGUUCUUCGACCUACAUUUCAUAUGAUGCGUUUGAGUCUCGGGGGCCUACGAGUCGUAAUCUUCUUCAGCAAAAAGCAGAUGAGGCGUUUGAGUCUCGGGGGCCUACGAGUCGUAAUCUUCUUCAGCAAAAAGCAGGUAGAUUUCAAGCCCCUCUUUAA